UGUCAUCCAUCGCCGCCGUUAAUAUUUGUCGGCACAGGGCUUUGCAUUUGUUUGACAUACAAAAAAUUUGGAAAAAUCGAAAUUGUAAUUUUUGCAAAACUUUUUCCGAAAAGUCGUAAAAAUAUUAAAAAAUUUAUUUAAAAAAUGGGCGAACAACCAAUAUUCACCUGCCAGGCGCAUGUCUUCCAUAUUGAUCCGAAGACUAAACGCACCUGGAUUACGGCCAGUAUGAAAGCAGUCAAUGUUAGUUUCUUUUACGAUUCUUCACGCAACUUAUAUCGCAUAAUAAGCGUUGAGGGUACCAAGGCGGUGAUCAAUUCCACUAUUACGCCCAACAUGACAUUUACACAGACUUCACAAAAGUUUGGCCAGUGGAGUGAUGUACGCGCUAAUACAGUUUAUGGUUUAGGUUUUUCUUCGGAAGCUGAAUUGACAAAGUUUGUGGAAAAAUUUCAAGAGGUUAAGGAAGCCACAAAAAAUGCCUUGAAAUCGGCUAAUGGCUCCGCUGCUGUGACGCCCACUACGUCGGCUAAUACAUCACCCAUUAGUUCUAGAACCGCUGCUAUGCAACAAAAUGAUAAUGCUGCUAUGGUUGAUCCUCAUACUGUGGAACCGCCCAAUAUGUCAAACACUAAUACUCAAAACGCAAAUCCUGAUAGUCCAUCUCAUAAACUUUUAACAUCAGCCCCAGAAAUCAAGCCAGAUCAUGUAACAGCUCCUUCCCCAGCACCAAUGGUUAAUGUUAGCUCUGGCGGAGGCGGUGGUGGCAGUGUAGUUGGUAUGCAUACUGGCAGUGGUCCACCCACGAGUGAACAACAAUUGAAAUAUGAAAAUGAACGUCUAAAGAUGGCUUUGGCUCAAAGCUGUGCUAAUGCUAAAAAAUGGGAAAUUGAAUUGGCUACUUUGAAAAAUAAUAACCUACGUUUGACUAGUGCUUUACAGGAAUCCACCGCAAAUGUAGAUGAAUGGAAACGUCAGUUGCAUACCUAUAAAGAGGAAAAUAUACGCCUUAAACGUGAAAUUGAAUUAAUACGAGCUGGUGCUCCUGUACCAGCAUCGGUAGGUGGUGCCGCUAGUAAUGAAUUGGUUGAGGAGUUGAGACGUGAAUUGGCCGUUCUGAAAGCUCGCAAUGAAUCAUUACAAAAUGAGCUUAUGAAUCAAGAAAUAGAACUAAAAGCUGCUAAUUUAAAUCUAAGAGAGAAAUGUAAUGAUCAAGCGAUGGCUAAAAUGAGUGAAUUGAAUGUUUUAUUUGCUAAACAUUUAUCAGAACUAUUUGCUGUGCAAAAAGAUAUGGAAAAUGUUAUACAUCCACCCAAAAGCACUUGAGAUACAGAGACUAUAAAUUAUUAUAAAAAGAUUUCUGAAGAAAAUGCGGCUUCAUUGAGAAAUUAUUUACAGCCCAGUUUAGGUUUACCGUGUGCAGUGGAUACGGAAAGUACACUUUCCAAUGUCACCUCCAUACAAUCCCAGUUACAAUCAUUAUAUGAAACAUGUCAUGAUCCUUUGAAAAUCUAUCAAAGUCUUCAACAACAACAGCAACAGCAACCAACAACAACUCAAAUUAAUAGCAGUGAUAAAACAUCAUCUCAUUUACAAAAGGCAUUAGAUAAACAUACACAACUAUUACAGGAGCUAAAAUUUCAGCAACAUCAAUAUAAAACUAACCAAACAACAUCACAAACUAAUAAUCCUGCUACUUAUGUGCUGUCACCAGCAAAAGGUGGUGCUACCAGUACAGGAGGCGCUGCAUCUGCUGCAGCCGUUGGUGUAUCGGGUAAAACUGCUACCAUAUUGGUUUCAAAAUCAAAAACCAAAACAGGUUUACCUUUGCUACUCAAAAAUUCCAUUAAUAAUUAGGCUAGUAAUAUGAAUAUUUAUAUUUAAUUAUGUAUCUGUUACCUUCACUAUUUAUAAACAAUUCAAAUAGAGCAGGGUGUUUUUUUUCAAAUGUGAACAAAAUUUAAUGUAACGAAACGAAUUGAAAACGAGCCCAGUGUAAGCCCACUUUUUUUCUAAGAAUAUCUCUUCGCACAUUAUAUUUUACACUUUACGUAUAAAUUUGUAUUUUUUUAUAACGAAAUAUAUAUAUACUCGUAUAUUAUUUAUUGAAUUUAGAGAUUUAGUGCAAUAUUUUACUCAUUUUAUUAUUUUUUAGUUUUUAUGAAAUAAGAAAAAGUAUUUUCGAAAUUAUAUUUUGAAAUAUUUGUAUUGUUAUUGUAUAUGUUUGAUUUUCUAUUAAACAUCACAGUAUUUGCUUUUCUCAAAACAUUUAUUUUCGAAUAACUCAUAACGAAUCUUUUAUAAAUUUAUUUCUUUAAUUUUUAUGUCUUUUUUUUUAUACAUGUAUUAUGCUACUAUAUGUUUUUUCUAUUAAAAAAUUUAAGUAAAAUUCAAUGUUUAUUAUGCAAAAGAAACGAAUAAAUAAUUGACGAAAGAAAAUUAUUUAAAAAAAAAACAAAUAAAAAUUAUUUAGCAAAUAUUAAAAUAAAAAAUCAAAAAGGUAUAACAAUUUCUUUAGGCCUAGAAAUGUUUAGGUGUAAUGGGUUCUGUUUUUAUUUAAAAUCAACAAAAAUAUUCUACAAAAUCCCCUGAGGAUUUUUGUGAUUUCAAUAAAGUCAGUAAAAAAUUUAAGUGAUUUCUCAAAAAAAAUAAAAAAUAAAAACAAACAAACAUACCAAACAUAAAUUUCAUAAUCAUUUACAUAAAAGAAAACUUGAUAAAUGUUACGACGAAUAAAUAAAUAUAAAAUAAUAUAAAUAAACUAAAAUAAUAAUACAAAAAAGUAGUAAUAUUUAUACAAAAUAAGAAAAAAUACAGAUAAAAAAGAAACUCCUGAGUUUGUGCAAAAACUAGGAAUGACACACAACAUACAGGCGUUUAAAUAUAACAAAAACUACAAUAUUAUUAAACAGAAAAUAAUUUAUAAUUAAUAAAAAAGUAAAAAAAAUAUUUAUACUUGUAGUAAUCUAAAACAAAAAAAGUAAAAUUAAAAUAAAACUGUUAAGUUUUUAUUUAUACCUAAAGGAAAACAACAACAACAACAACAAAAAGGAAACUCCCCAAAAGAAAAAUAAAUUUAAAAACAAAACACAUAACCAAUGAAAUAGAACAACAAAUCCUCUAAAACUAACACAAUAUCCCCUAUAAUCCCAAACACAAACAACAUCUUUACUUACAAAGAAUUCAUAGCUAAGUUCAGCUGGAAUUACAAUAUGGUAAAACACAAAUUUAAAUUUAUUCUUUUUCUACAAUUUUUUCUUUAAUUUAAGGUUAAAAAAAUUUAUGUAAAGUUUUUAUUAUUGUAUCAAAUGAAUGAAAUAAACAAAUGAUUUAGAUAUAUUAUUAUAAUAAUGCUAUAUGUUAAGAUCACUGAUGUUUAAUGAUCGCUUAGAAAAACAUUCAAAAAGAUACCACUUUUUUAUUGUACUACUUUUUCUUUAAUUUUCUUUCUUUCUUUUUUUUAAAUCAUUUUGGAAAAAUAAAACGAAUUAUUAUUAAAUAUUAAAAUAUA